CACUUGUUCAAGAACUUAUAUCAUUUCAGCAUUCCUGCACGAGGUCACAACAUCUUCUGGGAUUCGUGGCCAUUCGUACCAGAUUGGUUGAAAUAUCUUCCACCAGAUGACGUCAAACGGGAAGUGGAACAUAGAAUUCAUUAUAUUGCCAACAUCACCAAAGGAAAAGUAGAAAGUUGGGAUGUCAGUAAUGAAAUAUUACAUGGGGUGUUUUAUGAGAAAAAAAUGAAUGAUAGAUUUUAUUGCCACAAGAUGUUUCAAUUGUUACAUAAACUUGAUCCAGCAUUGAAAUUAUUUCUCAAUGACUAUCAGAUAGUUGUUAACGGCACCAGCACAUCGGCAUAUCUAGAUCAAGCUAAAGAGUAUAAAGACAACAAUGUUCCUGUCCAUGCUUUGGGCAUUCAGAGUCACUUUGAUCAGUUUUUCAAUCCGGAUCCAACUGUCAUUCUGAAACGUCUUGAUCACAUCGGCCGUGCAGGGUUACCACUGUGGAUCACAGAGAUGGAUGUAGUAGCUAAUGAUGAAAAGUUAAGAAGUGAAUGGUAUGAGAGGUUAUAUAGGAUGUACUUUAGUCAUCCAAGUGUUUCAGCUAUCAUUGUGUGGGGUUUCUGGGGCCCUAAACAUUGGAUUGGUGAUCAAGCAUCGUUGGUCAGUGGUAAGGAUUAUCAGAUUAACGCAGCCGGUCAAGCUUACCUAGAUCUCAUCUACAAGGAGUGGACAACACAUGUAACUAAGAAAAUGUCAUCUUCUGGUAAAAGUUUUACUGAACGUGGUUUUCACGGUGAUUAUGAAGUGAUAGUUAGAUAUAAAGGUUCACCUAUCAAAUAUCAAACAUUUACUCUAAAGAAAGGUGGAAUGACUGUCAAUGUACCUAUCACUGAUAUUAAUGGUAUGUAA